AUGUUCCUGCUUUCCCUUGUAGCCUCCAGUGCCAGCUUACAGCUUGCUGGUGCCAGCACUGCCAGCCCAGCAGCAUCGGGCCAGUCUCCUGGAUCUCUGGAACUGGAGUUCAGCAGCCCCAGCCCCAGCAGCCAGGAAGCACCGGGGCAGACUCCUGGAUCUCUGGAACUGGAGUUCAGCAGCCCCAGCCCCAGCAGUCAGGCAGCACCAGGGCAGACUCUGGAACCUCAGGCACAGGAGUCCAGCAGCCCCAGCAGCAGCAGACAGAUGCCAUCAGCACCAUGCCACAGUUGCCCAGUGUGUGAGGGCAGCGGCCGCUCCAGCCACCCUGGGCCUGACCGACGGCAACACCAAACCCGGUACACCCGUCAGACCCAGACACCCUACACGUGGCUUAGAAGACUACAGGAGAGAAGCCGACUGCCAGCAACACGCUCUGUGAUCAAUACCCGCAGCCAGGCGGUGCCAAGGUUGUCCCAACGCUGCGCAUCACGUGAGACCCGCAGGUGCAGCGCCACCAGAGAGCAGCCAUCAGCGGCAUCCCGUGGCUCUGCACCGCUGCAACGAAGCAGGAGCAACAGACGCGGUGGGCCCAUGCGGGUGCGAGACCGCUCCCGCGUGCAGCGUCGGGCCCAAGCUCCCUAUGCACGGCCCAGAAGACGCUCCCAGGGCAGCCGCACACCAGCAGCACGAGCUGGGAGGAGCCCCCGCAGACAGGCUGCGCCCAGGCUGUCCCAGGGCUCACCAGCACGUGCGAGCCACAGCCGCAGCAUCACAAGGCAGCGGCCGUCAGCAUCAUCCCGUGGCUCCAGAGCACGACAAAGAGGCAGCGCCUCAAGAUCCACCGGGCCCGUGCGGGUGCGAGACCGCUCCCGCUCGCAACGCCGGGCCCAAACUCCCAGCACGCGGCGCAAAAGGCGCCGUUAGAGCAGCCACACGCCAGCAGCACGUGCAACGAGGAGCACACGCAGACAGGCUGUGUCGCGGCUAUCCCAGCGCUCCC